AUGGCAGCUAGUUUAGCGCAUGGAGCCAGUUACAUUACAUAUGCACUUGAUCCGAGCAGUGACGGGGACGAGGCCAAAAACCAAGCUUUCAACACUGGAAAUCCGACAUUGACUCUUGAACAAGGAGAAGCACGAAGCUAUUGGUUCAGUACGACUACAUACACCGGUGCUGCGAUCCUCAUUGUAUUGAUCUUGAUUACGAUAACUGCACUUCCUCCCAUCCGUCGCAGGAGUUACAACCUCUUUUAUUACAGCCACAUAAUAUGCAGCAUUGCCAUCUUUAUCGGAGCCAGUAUUCACGCCAGCACCGACUUUUAUCUACUUAUCCCAGGCUUGUUCCUUUGGCUUGUUGAUUGGUCAUGGAGACUCUUUGGAGGCGAGGCUGGCGGGCUUUCGCAGCAAACAACAGCAACUCUGGAGGAUGCGGGAAACGGGUGGUAUAGAAUAUCUCUGCCGCUGAAAAGGUCAUGGAACAAGACCUCCAAUACAGGAUUCACUGAGAAAGGCGUGUCGGCCAUCCACCCGCUAUCAGCCUACUAUCUCAACAUUCCCGCUGUUAGUAGGAUUCAAAAUCACGCUUUCACGGCGGCAAAGUCUACUUCCAUGGACUGUGGACCGGUGUUUCUCUUCCAGAGGACCCAAGGAAAGAAGCAGAAAAAGCUCGACAAAGAGUGGACAUGGAGACUCGGCGCCCUUGUCACGUCAGAGAAACCCAGCACGCAACUCAAAAUACGAGUGGAGGGCCCAUAUCAGCCAAACGAUGAAAAGUUCAACGCUGCAUCUCACAUAGUUUGCAUCGUGGGCGGUACCGGCUUUACAGGCGCUUACAGUCUCGCCAUCUGGUGGCUAAGGAUGCGAUCUGCUGCCGACAAUUCUAGAUUUACUCUUGUGUGGACUGUACGGCACGCUCAGAUGACAAAGGUCAAAGAAUGGCUUGAUCUUCAAGAAGCAGCUGCCUCGACGCCGAAUCUCAAUGUUGUAGCACAUAUCAGCUCCGAAAGCGGAAGACUGGAUGUCUCUCAGUGGAUUCGAUAUUCUUUGUCCAUUGACCAGGAUGGGCCAUGGGAUCGUGUAUCAUCCGACUUGCCUCAAACAGACGCCCUCUACGAUCCGGGUGACAGCCGUGAUAAACACGAACUCAAGUCAAACGAUCCAAUUGAUGUGUUGGACUAUCUUAGCCAACACCCCGAUAUUGAUGUCAACAGGUGGAUGGAGCUUUCCUUGGAUGCUUUCGAAGCAUUUCCAAAGACCGAAAGGGUGCUACUGCGGCUCGCCGUUGAAGCAGGCUAUCCUAGCGUUCUAGAAGCGCUAUUGGAAGCCGGUGCAAAUCCUGUUAUCAAGGAUAAGUUUGGAGACCCUUCAAGCGAUGCCGUUGUUAUCGCAAGCAUAAAAGGCGACGUUGAAAGCAUGCAAAGUCUAGUCAGGGCUGGUGUGCACCCAGAUAUGACGCUAACAUCAAACCAAAAGCUGCGACCUGGCUGGUUAGGGAAUCGCAAUGCACAUGCAAGGGAUAUGAUGAGCAGGAUCAUCUGGAGAUCAUCCCCGACUCACAUCGCCAUUAACAAUAAUCACACCGCGCUUGUUCAGUGGCUUCUCGCCACGGGACGAGUCGACUUAACGAGACGACAAUCUGGCGAAUCACUUCCUCCUCUUGAAGCAGCAAUACUUAUUGGCCACAUGCCAACCUUGAGGGUGACAAUGGAACACUAUGCCGCCACGGACGACGGAAACUACCUGAAAACACUAUUCGACGACCCCACAUUAUUGGUUUAUGCCGCGUGGACGGGAGAUCGGGAUGUCAUACACUACGUUAUCAAUCGGUUUAUCUCGCCACUCGAAGACUCUGAAUCUGAAAUCCUCGUCAAGCAGCUUGUCGAUAAAAAUCUGCCAUUUAUGGUGGCAAUCCUUGAAUCGUUAUUUUCAAGUCCGAGAACUUCGCCUAGAGUGAUUCAGUAUUUCUUCGACUACCUUGGGCAGCUUGACCACUUAAAUGUUUCAAUUCUCUCUCGCCUGCAGCAGGGCUUGAAACAAGGCUGCCAGGUGGCUGCUAAUACGGACAAUAUCGACGUUUUCACUCUCCUCAUGCAACUCAACGAGCAAAUAACAACUCACUCAUAUGCUCCCGAAGAGAGAACACAUCAUUCUUCCGAAAUUCUGAAAGAAUCCUUCUGCUGGGCAUUUGCUCAUGAUAGUAUAAGUGUGGUGCGAUAUUUAAUUGAGGAGAAGGGAGUAAAUCCUGACAAUGCUGAUUCCUGCAAUCUCCCAAUAUGGGGUGGCCAAGACAUUUUCUCAGUGUGGGAUUACAAGGAUAACACUACAUCACCUACGAGGAGUGGCUUGCUUUACUCUAUUCUUACUGGGAACUUUGCUGUAACCAGCUACUUGAUGACAAACUCGAAGAGUGCCAAUAUCUCAAGCUUGAAUGAUCAAGCAUACAGCUGGAUCUUAAAGUACCCGAACCCUUGGAACCAGUACAAAAAUUCCAAGCCGCGAGCUAGCUUGGAUGAGACAAAAAGUGUCCUUCAUUCACUUCUGCAGCGAGGCGUAUCAGUUUCUCACAUCUCGCCACCCACCCUUCCAGACUUCCGGAACAAGCAGGUUGUGGUUGAUGUCAUGGAAAGCAAACAUGUCAUGGAAAACAAAUUUGAACAGCGUCGUUCCGGGGUUUGUCUCUGCUGGGGAUAUAAGGAUACCAUUCGGCCAGAACCCCAGUGGAACAAUACAGCCACUGUUCGGCUAGACCUGAAAGAAGAGGAUAGUGAAUGGUGGAUCCAGCUUAGCACUCUGCACGGGGUGGUCCAGGAGCAAGUGGUUUCUUCUGAAGAAUUAUAA